AUGCCAAUGCCGCGCCUCCCUCUAACCCCGGCCUCCUCUGGGGACAUCGCCGCAAAGGAGAAAUCCUCCAACUCCCCCGUCGAGAUGUUCUUCUGCCUGCCCCCAGCCGCCCUCCCAAACAGUAGCAGUAGUAGCAAUUCCAGCACCUCCAAACUCUCAGUUCCCACUCGUCCAAUGUCCCCUAUCUCCCCUGACAUCCAACCAGUCAAAACAUCAACCCGUUCCUCUCGGACUUCACGACAGCGAUCUAGCACCAAGAAACGCCCUUCCGCAGCGGACUUCAUUCUACCACCCCCCCCAACAAGAACACGGAAGAUUAUACAGAUGAAGCCCAAGAUGCAAACGGAACAAGUGAAACCGCGGUGCAAUGGUGCUGGUGGUUCAGAGGGUAAAGCUAAGGCGGAAAAUAGUACUUCUGCCAGUGGUGGUAGUGGUGCUGGAUCCAAGAAAAAGCAGGCUAGUGGAGCAACCACUGCUGCGGGACGAAAGAUUGCGCGCAAGACGGCGCAUAGCUUGAUUGAGAGAAGAAGACGAUCCAAGAUGAAUGAGGAGUUCACGACAUUGAAGAAUAUGAUCCCGGCCUGUGGGGGCCAGGAGAUGCAUAAGCUGGCGAUUUUGCAGGCUAGCAUUGAUUACAUGAACUACCUCGAGCAAUGCAUAAGUGAUCUCAAAGCAGCAAACAGCAACGACUGCGAUGUUGGAACUGAAACAGAUUCUACAAGCCUGUCCACCCCUUCCACGCCGUGCGGGGUUUCGACAACGAAAUUCAAUCGCCCAGCGAGUGUCGAUCAGGAUCAAGAAAGAUUCUCAUCCCUCUCCCCUUCUCCUCCCCCAUCCCCCUCCCAGGUCCCAUUCAUAUACGCCCACAGCCACAGCCACAGCCACACCAACAGCACCACAACCUCCCGGAACAUCCACCACACCGCCAGCAUCACCUACGAGUACGAGUGCGAAUACCCCUACCAAUCCCCCGGCCAAUUAUCUACACACUACCCCUCAACAAAUGCCCAUCUCCUCCCCAGCCCCGCCCUCCAUGCAUCACUCGACACCAGCACAACCCCAACCCCUUCCCUCCACCCCCUCGACCCCCGCCUCCAAUCCCCGCAAGCACACCGCCAACACCAACGGCAACACUGUCCCAGCCACAACCACAAAUCAUCCUUCAACACCCUAUCUACAUCAACCGUAUCAUCCGCCCCAUCAAGCACAAGCGCAAACGCAGUCAUGACAAGCGUAAAUCCGUCCCCGCCGCUCACAGCGCGGUAUGCUGCAGACGUCGAGAGAGAAGGGUAUGUGGAUAUGGAUAUGGAUAUUGAUCAUGAACAUGAGGCGUCGGCUGCAUUGUUGAUGUUGAAUGUCGAUCGGAGGGCGGUGGGGGCUGUAUUGGGAUCUUCUUCUGGCAUGACAGGGGUUGGUGGUGCUGGUGGGAACGGGGGAGAUGGGCGGGUGGGUGUUUUUGGGAUGGGAGAUGGGGAGGGAGAGAAGGGGAGUGGCGUGGGGGCGGGAGAAUCAAACACAAAGAAACUAGGAAUGAGUGUGCAGGAUUUAUUGUGCAAUUAA